CAUACACCAUCUAAAAGCAGCAGGCAUCACUGCCAGUGGGACAAUUAUCCUUCACUUGAAGACACACCUGGAAAAGGAAUUCUCUGGGAGAAGUCACACCUCAUCCCAAGAAAACAGGAGCUUCCAGCAGGACUGUGCAGGGUGAGAUCCCUGCAGAAUCCUCAGUGUAAAAGAAUUAUCGAGGCGUUACUGUGGAUAUCACCAUGCCUUUUCUCCUGUGCUUGAAAAGAAAGAAGUCACCUGUGCCUUUAGGCAGGAGUAUCUUUCAGAAACACCCCCCUCUCACCCAGCAGAACUAUCAGGCCUUGCUGGAGACUUGCUUGAAGAACAAUCAGCUGUUCACAGAUGACAGCUUCCCUGCUCACAUCAGCUCUAUUGGAACCGGAGCACUGCUGAAGAAACUGCCUCAAAAUUUACAGUGGAAGAGGCCACAUGCUUUGCAUAGAAGUCCAGUAUUUUAUGCUGCAAACAGAAAGCAACUUGAUCUCUGCCAAGGACUGGUGGAGAACUGCUGGUUCCUGGCAGCCCUGCAAGCCCUGACGUUCCACCAGGACAUCUUUGCUGCAGUCGUGCCACAAAACCAGAGCUUUGAGAGGAAAUAUGCUGGCAUUUUCCACUUCCAGUUCUGGCAUUUCGGUGAAUGGGUUGACGUGGUGGUUGAUGAUCGCCUGCCUGUGAAUGAGGCAGGGGAGCUGAUCUUUGUUUCCUCAGUCUAUAAGAACGUGUUCUGGGGAGCCCUUCUGGAGAAGGCAUAUGCUAAACUCUAUGGCUCCUAUGAAGAUCUGCAAUUUGGGCAAGUUUCAGAAGCCUUGGUGGAUUUUACAGGUGGUGUUAAUGUAAGGAUCAAGCUUGCAGCAGCCCCUCCUGAUUUGUGGGAUAUCCUGACCAGAGCCACCUACAGCAGAUCUCUUAUGGGCUGUCAGACACAUUUAGGGGCAACAAAGGUCUUGAAGAAUGGGCUUGUUGCUGGCCAUGCCUACACAGUAACUGGUAUUAGAAAGGUGACCUGUCAAUAUGGACCGGAAAACCUAGUGAGACUGAGAAAUCCAUGGGGAAAAAUUGAAUGGAAAGGAGACUGGAGUGACAGCUCUUACAAAUGGGAGCUGCUGAGCCCGAAGGAGAAGAUUUUGCUGAGGAAAAAGAAGGAUGACGGAGAAUUCUGGAUGUCUCUGCAAGAUUUUAAGAUUCAUUUCGUAGAUCUGAUGAUCUGUAAGUUAACUCCAGACCUGAUGAGCCAGGAAUAUGGGAAGAAGUGGAUGUACUCCCUGAAGAGAGGGAGAUGGGUUAAAGGAAGUACAGCAGGAGGAAGUCUGGGAUUCCAUAAUGGCACCUUUUGGAUGAACCCUCAGUAUUGGCUGAAUGUUUUACCAGUUGAAGACAGUAAGAAAAGCCUGGGUUCCUGCAGUGUGGUUAUAUCCCUGAUGCAGAAACACAGCAGCAAACACAGGAACCGAGCGCCCCACCUCUUCAUUGGGUUUUCACUCUACAAGGUGUGAAGAAUUUACCAAGAAAGCAACAGAAAGCUGCCCCCAGCAUUCUUCACCCAACAUCAGCCUGUGAACAAGCACCAGGUCUUCCUUGAUGUGCGAGAGGUGACUCAUGACUUCCACCUGGAGCCUUGUGUCUAUGUGAUUGUCCCAUCCACCCUGGAGCCUCAGCAGGAGGCUGAAUUCAUCCUGCGGGUCUUCUCCAGGAAGCACGUUCUUCGGGAAAUGGGUGGCAACACCAGUUUCACCCUAUCUAAGGAAAUUGUAGAUAGGUAUGAGGGCAAGAUCUGGGAGGAUUUCUUCACAAAAUAUUUUGAACAGAAUCCUGAAAUAAAUGCUGUUCAGCUCCAGAGGAUCCUGAAUAAUAUAUCUUGGAGAAAUUUCCAGGGUUUUCACCUGAGUUUCAGUCUGGAUGCCUGCCAGGGUAUCUUGGCGCUCCUGGAUCUGAACACCUCUGGCACGCUGAGUAUCCAGGAAUUCAGAGUCCUGUGGAAAAGGCUGCUUUUCUAUUUGGAAGUGUUCCAGAAAAGAGAUACUAGCAGAUCAGGAAAGCUUGACCUUGCGGAACUGCAUGCAGCUGUACAGGAGACAGGUAUUUCUCUCAGCAAUGAAGUCUGUAAUUUGAUGGCAAUCAGAUAUGGUGACCCUGACUUAAAGAUCCGCUUUGAGAGCUUUGUGUGCUUCAUGCUUCGAGUGGAGAUCGUGGGAGAGGCCUUUCGUAACUUAACACAAGAUGGCAAAGGGAUUUAUCUCCAGGAAUCCGAGUGGAUGAUGAUGACACUGUAUUCUUGAAGCAAUGCUGUAGGUGAGGGGACGACUAAGCCUGUACCAGGAUGAGGAAGGCUGCUUUGUAUCAACUUCCUGUACACUCUGGCUCAGCCCUGCAAUUUACCAUUUAUGAAGAGUCUUCCCCUCAAGCAGACUUGACUCAAUAACCACAGACUUGGUGAACUGGAGUUUUGCUAGUUAAUGUAUUUAUUUUGAGUCCUAUUUCACUUCAGACAACCCAUCUGAGAACAGGCUGCUGGAUGCCAACCACUGUGAGUGCACAGUGUGACACUAUGGAGUAUAGUGGCUGAGUUGCUGUGCUUGGUGCUGGGGUUCUUGUACCUGGGAGAGAAACAGCUCCUGCCGCGAGUGGCUUGUCGCCUAACAGAGGAAAUCCCAGUUCUGCAGCUGCUAAAUCCAUGGCGGAGGGCAGGAGUCUGUGUGCUUGUGAGGAAGAAGGGGUGGGAACUCUUCGAAUGAAUGCUCUUCCCUAACCAUGACUUGGAAAAGGGGUUUGCAAGCAUUCAAACCAUCUCUUUUGCCUUUAGAAGUCAACAUAGUUCUAUUAAAGUGAAACUAAGUUGAUUUGACCAAGCGAUGAGCCAGGCCUCCAGCUCUUUGUUGUAGAUGGAGGCUGUGAUGUUUGCAUAUUUAUCUCAGAAAGGCAGUGGGUUCUCUGUGCAGAUUGAAAAGUACAGGAUCGUGAGAAGUCAACUGAUCCCAUAUUGUCUUUAAGUCACCAGGGAUUGGCAGGGAGUAGAUGUUCUCUGUAGCAUGAUGCAGGAGCAGUCUGGUAAAACAUUUGGAUAUUUGUCAGUUACUUCUUAUAAAGCAGAAUGAGAGAGAUAGUGUGUGUGCACGCGUGCAUGUAUGUGUACUUUUAAGUGAUGCAGCCACAUAUGUAGGUCAUAGCUAAUUAAAUAGUGGAAACUGGCUAUGUAGCUGUGAACAGCGUUAGAGAACAUGUAAGUAGGACUAUUCACAUCAAACUCCAUGCUGGAGUUGCCUGAUGCAUCUGUCUGGGGGAUCCUUUUUCACUUUCUUACCAUUUAUUUAUCUUUGCUGGAAAUUUCCACACUGAGUGCCUAUUACAGGCUUUUUUUCCCCUUUGUUCCUGCAGACAGCACUAUUGUGGCUCUUUUCCAGAGCACAGCUUAGUCUGGGCGCUGAAUGAAACAGAGCUCCAGUGGAAAUGAGCAUAUAAUGAAAGACCAUACUCUAAUGCCUUUGUAGGAAGGAGUUACAUUAAGCUUGCAUAGGCAGCUUUCCCUCUGGCCUUUUGUGACUUUUAAGGUGCUUAAUCUCAUAAAUGUCCUUUGAGAGUGUAUAUGAGAUUCAGGAGUGAGGUGGACUGUGGAUAAGAAUGUAAACACAAGCAAAAGGCUGAACUUGGCUGUGUGCUUACUGCUGCACUGAAGCCUAUGCAGCAGCAUAAGCAUAUUUAGACAGGAACCCCAUUGCGUGUAAGUGUUCCUAGUCAGGAGGCAUUAAACAGUAAAAACAACAGUGUGCACUUUAUUCCCCAGAGCAGUCUGUUUCUAAACAGUAUCAUUCUCAUUCUGUUUUUAUGAGAAAACUGUUAGAACCAGACAAAUAGAUAGCUGUGUUUGGACUUUUUUAUUACAGAUGAUAUAUCUAUCAUCUAUUGUGCUUGGCCUGCUGUGGUGUCACUGGAGCCAAAGGGUUCAGAUCUGGGAAACAGAGCAGGUUGGAGGGAGCAGGGACACCCAGAGCCCUUGAGCAGCGGUGUCGUGGUGCUGCUGUCCUGCUGGGCUGCCGAAGAGGCUCAGUUAGCAGCUCCCAUCGCAAAGCACAUGCCUUCUCCCAACUGUCAUGCCUCUGUUUCCUUUUGUGGCUCGCAGCUGAACACGGUGGUGCAAGCUAAAUUAGCCUGAUUUAAUUUGCACCCAGCUCAGUGGGGGAUGUUAUAAACACUGAUUUACUGUGUGCAGGAGCAGCACUGGAGGAACCAGAAAGGUUGAUUGAGGGAGCGUAGGCCUUGCGCUUCAGCACACUCCAAAAAAGAUGGUCCCUGGCACCCACGGGGAUGGCCAGGGGGUUUUGUGUGAGUGCAGAGUGUUCACAGCAGGACUCUGUUGGAUGUGAAGGGAUGGAAACCUAUCAGUCCCAACUGGGUUUGUUGCACAAUGUGUGUAAUCAGCUGAGCAAGAGUCAUGUAAGGCUGGGAGUAGCUCUGCCACAGGCUGUGAGCAAAACUGUGGUGCAGGACACCCAGUUUCAAAUUGCAGUUCAUUAAUAAUGUUGUACAUAUUUUAUUUUUUUUUUCAAAUCAGAUUUUGUAGUUAUUUACUUCACACCUCUUUAAUGCAGAGCAAUGUAAUUGCAGGCAGAUUAUUUUGCUAUUGAUUACUUGAUCCAGGAAAGAAACAGAAUUCAUCCAUGCCAUGAAUCACUAAGCAUUUGCAGCAAUAAACUUUAUUGAGCCAUGUGACUUGCUGUUACAGAAUUGUAAAGAAUGCUUUACUGGAAUGAUCAGACCAAACUGUGUACAAUUCAAACUGAAUUAUUUGGCUCACAAUAAAAUGUUUUUGGCAAGGGCACCUACUCGGACACUGUGAGACUUUUAUAUUGCUAUCAGAAUAACGUUUUCUGGGCAAUUCUGAAGAUGUAUUACUCCUCAUUUACAACGUGCAUUGUGGAAAAAAUGGUCUAAAAGGGUGCUGAAGGAGGCAUUUGUUUGUAUCCACAGUGUUUAUAGAGAUGCUGAGCUUUGCAGUGGGUGGUAUUGCUCUAGGAGAAAUGAAAGAGAAGCGGGGCUGCAGCUUGAGACUAGUGUUGCUAAUAAAGGUCGUUUUUGGAAAAGGCAGGUGCAAAUAACAAGAACAGCAAAUAAUGGCUCGAAUGAGAAGGGGAGCUGGAUGAUGAGGUAUACUGUAACAGUAAGACUGAGGUGAAAUUGAAAGGAACUGAUCAAACCUUUGCAAACAAAAUGUUCAGCUAGAGCUUAUUGCCACAAGAUACACACACACACAACUGGAAUUAUUUCAUUUUUCCUGGAUGAAGUUGGUGCACACGUUUAGUUUGCAGUCAGGGUACAGCAGGUGCCUGUCGGCCUCACUGCGUGCAUUCUGCAUGGUCAGGAUUUCUGUCCAGAUGGCAAGAGGACAGGCUCUGCUCUCAAGCUUCACAGGAUUCAAAAAGGGUCUAAGACUUAAAGGAAUGACAAGCACGGCUGGAGUGCUCACGGCCUCAGGUAAGAGCUGUGUCAGAGACCUGACAUCUGGCUUCAGGUAAAAAGGGAAGAGCUGUCCCCUGGGGACAAAUUACCCCAAGAUAAGUCAUCCAAAUCAAGAUGAUGGGGUUCUUGCCUUUGGACAGGUAGGGAUGACCACCUUUGGAGAGAUACCAACCUGGUCCAGGUUUCAGAUGAGCAUUUCUGCCUAUCUGUAUAUUUCUUUCUGGGCAGUCAAUUAAAAUUUGAAGGCCUAUGUACUGUUGAGACACUGAAGUAUAGUUCUCUGUCUGAAGUCAUAUCUCUUCACCAAUUUUACAGUGGGCCCAGCAAGACUCCUGCCUUCCCUAAGAGCACAUUCCAGUUCUUUGCAGAGAGGUGUUACAUUCAUAUAAGUGGCUACUGCACAAAGCAGUGUCAGGGCUGGCCAAGCUGUGCCAGUGGACUUUGACCAUAUCAUGAGAUUCUCCAUGUAGAAUGAAUAAUGUUGCUUUGUUUUUAAUUAUUAAGCAGUAUGUGUGAUCCUAACUCCAUGACCCAGAAAAAGGACCUCUAAAGGGCAAGUUUUCAUUGCACUGGAGCCCUAAAAAUGAGGACUCUGAAGCUUUUGGAAGGAAAAGCCUGUUUCCCAGGGCAGGCAGCAUCCAGAGGCUGGCCACUGAGCAGAGUGGGUGCAAGGUGUCACAGUGGCGCAGACCUUUGCACAGGGCAGCGAUGGGAAUCAAGAGACAACAUGGGAACAUGGAGUUAAAACCACUGCCAAAUCCAGGUGUCCACCAAAGAGUCCUCGCUCACAUCCUUUCUAGUCCUGCAACCCACCAGGAGGCUCAAUUCAAAUCAAUGGAAUUUCAAAAUUUGGAGACCUUAAGUGUUUCUAUUUCCUUUGUGAGCUUUUCAGGCCAAUGUUUCAAGCUUUCUGCCCCAACACAGAGGCCUACGGACACUUUUCUCCCAGUGUUAGUCCUGCUGGCCUCUGGCUGAACACAACCCUGUGCUCCAAUGAGGAAGAGUGAAAAGUUGGAGGUUCCCACAGGUAUGAUUUUUACAUCUAGAUUCAGAAAAGUUAAGGGCAAAAAUCCCCUUUGUUAUUAGUACAGUGCCACAGUGUUGAGGGGAGGAAGAUCAGGUCCCCAUGGUGUUGGCUGCUGUGUGACCUGCAAGCAGGACUUGCCACUUGCCAUCUACUUGGAAAAAGAAGUAUUUCUUGCAGUGACCAGAAGGUUGAGGGCCUUUUUACAAGGGCCUGUAGGGAUAAGGCAAGGGGAAAUGGUUUUGAACUGACAGAGAGGAGAUUUAGAUGAGACAUUAGGAAAAAAAUCUUCCCUGUGAGGGUGCUGAGGCACUGGCACAGGUUGCCCAGAGAAGCUGUGGCUGCCCCAUCCCUGGCAGUGUUCAAGGCCAGGCUGGACGGGGCUUGGAGCAGCCUGGUCUAGCGGAAGGUGUCCCUGCCUGUGGCAGGGGGUUGAAAUGGAUGAGCUUUAAGGUCUUUUCCAACCCAAACUGUUCUGUGAUUCUGCAGUGCCUGAGGGGAGUGAUCUGUCUAUGUUCAGCCUGGGGCUCUGUAGUCAAGACUUGACCUGGAUCUCAGUCUCCUGAAGCCCAGUCCAGCAGCUCCUCUUUCCUUUGUGCACCAAAGCAAUGCUGCUCUAUAAUCCCUAUCCUGCUGUAAGCCAGAUUUUUCCCAUAAGCCAUGUUUCUUUCUCACUGACAUCCAGGAGCUUCAGUUAUGAUCCCAUCCCAAGGUUGGGAUGGCUUGGCAAAAGGCCAGCAAUCACUGAGUAGUUCUUGAGCACCUCACUGUCUGCACGCAAGCCCCUGCACAUACCCCUGCACCCUGUGUCACCUUCCUCAAGAAUAGUUGCAAUGCUGUGCUGAAAAAGAAGAGGGAAAAAAGAUGAUCUUUUGUUCUCCCUGAGCAGCUCCUUGCAGAAUGAAAUGCUAACGAGUGCCUUUGCCUUUCCUUCCUGCUGUGUCUUACACUGGAUUAGACCUGAAAAGCAGUAUCACCAAGCUUGAAGUUCAAUUUAUCAGUGCAGUCAGGAUUGAUUUGUUACACUACCUAUUCUGGGGAAAUGAAUGUCUCCAUCGCACUCCCUUCCAAUGCAGGCAGACCUUUGUUUUGCUCAGAUCAGCCAUGUAAUGUAGGAAGCUGACAUGUCACAGAUAAAGGAAAAAACCUACGAAAUCCUGACUAAUUCUACCCAGCCUUGUGGUGCCAGAGACAGAUGCCACUUGUAAAGCACCUGCCUGGUAUUACAGUGGCUGAAGAUACCAGGCAGAAGUGCUUUCUGCCUGAGCUUAUCUCCAACUUUUGUUGAGGAAGAGGUGAGAAGUGCCAUAGAAAAUUAUUCUUGGGUGAAUGGGGCUUGGAGCAACCUGCUCUAGUGGAAGGUGUCCCUGCCUGUAGCAGGGGCUUGGAACCAGAUGAGCUUUAAGGUCUUUUCCAGCACAAACCAUUCUGUGAUUCUAUGAAUUACAUGUCGCCUUUAUUACUAUUAAUGUUAGAGCUGGAUGGUCAGGUUGGUCCUUGGAGCUCAAAUUCGCUAUAAGAGGCAGAAAGCAAAGUUGGGUUUUGUACAAAGUUUCAGCUGUUUUGUGAGAUAAAGGCAAUGGACUUGGCUACUGCUGCUGAGGAGGAACAUUUUCCCUCAUAACCUAGCACAAGGGAUCUCUAUUAAGAAAGCAUGCAAUUAAAAAAUCCAGUUUUCUCCUGAAGCCCAUUUUGAUGGAAUAUUUACCGUGAGCAAAUGUGGGAAUUAUGUUUUCAGAUUCAGAAGACCCAUGAUGUGGAUUGCUAUGGAGAGUCAUAUUUUAAAAAGACCCUUUUUUUUUUCUAACAAGCCAUGUUUGCAUCUCAUGGAGGGAAGGGUUAAAAGCUGAGCGCCCUGUGGAAACGUGGAGAUCCUCAUGCUCCUGCAAAUGUAGCUAUGAGAAGGGUGUCUGUAGCUGGUGCUUAUUAAGCAAGACGAAAUGAAAGAGGUAGUUGCUCUAAAGUAGCUUUUUUUCCUCAGGAAGAAGCAGGAUUUCUUUGUUAUAAAUACACUGCAGCUAGACAUAAACCACUUAUUGCUUGAAAGCAGCUCUGUGCUGCUGAAGAGCUGGAACUCAUGAGUGAGAAAUUGGGUCUUAAACAACUGGGUGCUUUCAGCCUGGAUGCUAGCAGUGGCAAUGAUGGCUUUUUGCCUGAGCACUAUCCCUCCCUUUCCACUGACCCUUUCAAACCCAGUCUCAGCUAGGAAUACCACUCCAGAAACCGGGGCCAUGCUUGCUCUGUAAGACUCUAGAUCCAGCCCCUGUGAGUGUGUUUCCCCUAAAAAUGGAGAUGAUGCAGAGCUUUGGAGCAUGCAGCGAGCACACCCCUUCCAGCUACAGAGCAUUUUGGACAGAGUAAGUAUCUUGAAGGGCUGCAUGGCUUUAGGUAUGAGAUUUUAUGUUGCCCCUUCUCUGUAACUUGGGUGUUUAUUGUCAUCUGUUGUGUUUCCUUUUAAAAGGAAAAAGAAAACAAAACCAA